AUGUUCUUUAACAAAAACACUGCAGCUUUUUUCAUCUUGUUUACCUUUUUGGUAACAUAUGUAGCAAGCGAACCACUUCAAUUGCCACCAAAAACAAAAAAUAAGAAACGCACCCCAGGAUGCUUUAAUGAAUCCACUUGUGCGGCAAGAGGAGGUGCAACAUGUUUCCCACCGGCAGGCACAAAUCCGUGCAUGUAUGAUAGCAAUACACCUUCUCCCUGUGGAAAACUUGUCAGAUGUGCUUCAAACAGCAAAGGUAACAGUCCUUACAGUAACCCGGAUUGCGGUAGCUUGAUUGCUCGUCAAGGUACAAAAGUUUGUCCCAGUGCAAGUGCGCCUGAUUCUAGCUGGUACGGUUGCUUUAGCACGAACACAAUAGCAGGCCAACAAAAUAUUGGAGCACAAAUUAUGAAACCGUUGAAGAAUGCAGCCCAUAGCGUGAACACAGGAGCUAAAAAGGUGAUGAAUAAUGUAAAAGGAGUGGUGCAAAAGGGAAAAGACGAGAUACACUAUCGUACCUCGGCAACUCAACAACAAGCGCAGAAACAUAGUGAAAAAUGGAAUCCAAGAAUCGAUCGACUGGCGAACAAAGCCGAUGAUCACUUUUAUAAAGGUGAUCUUCAUUUAGCAACUGCUCGUAGUUAUGUCGAUCAAGGUGGAGUAGUUAAGAAAACUGCUCAAGAGCAAAAAGCGAAUGAAGCUCAAUAUAAAAAGCAUUAUGCUAAAUCUCAAGUGAGCUAUGCAAAGGCAAUUGGAGUAGGUCAUACAGCUAUUGCUGCCAAGAAAGUAAGAGAUACAACCUUUCGUAUACCCGGUUUACGCGGUCAUAGAUAG